UUCCUAGAAUUUUAGCUUGGCAUCAUCGACGCCGGUGCCGCGCCGGUUGGGAUAUUAAGUUUUAUUGAUGAUUGAUCUAAGACCGAAAUCAUUUCUUCAGUUACAGGAGAAUUGAUUAAGACCAGGUAACAGUGAUGGCAGACCUCGUAGCCGUCUGGGACGUCGCACUCAGUGACGGGGUGCACAAAGUGGAAUUUGAACAUGGGACGACGUCGGGAAUGAGAAUCAUUCGUGUGGACAAUAAGGAAGUACUGCAUCGGAACUGGAUGUUCAAGCUCGUCGGACGAGAGCACUUCAAGAUCGGCGCCUUCAAAGCAUCUAUCAACAUUGAUGCGUCGGGAGGCUUCUCCUACGAGUACACCCUGGAGGUGAACGGCAAGACGCUGAAGGAGUUGAGAGAACAGCGAAGCAAAACGGCAAAAGUCUGGCUACCAGUCAUUGAGGGAUAUGAGUUCAGGAUUGUCUUAGAAAAAGACAGCAUGGACGUUUGGUGCAAUGGUCAAGUUUUGGAGACGGCGGGCGAGUUUGUGGAUGACGGCACUGAGACGCAUUUCACCUUACCGAACGGCCUGGCUUGUUACAUCAAAGCGGUAAGCAGCGGCAAAAAGAAAGAAGGUAUCAUUCACUCCUUGGUCAUCAACGACAACGAAAUACCUGAGACCCUCGAGUAAAUCCCUAUUUAAAAAGUCCUCAUUUAUAGUACUUCAAUAUCUGUUUUUUUACUGUAUCCGAGAUUAACCAUGCCAAUUGUAGGCAGUUGCUCAAAGUGAAGGUAGGACUGGUACCGAAUGAAAUGGUAGCGUUUGGACGAAAACAGUCGCUGACGGUGGUUUUGAAAAGUAUUUGAUAAAUACUGCAAAACUACCCACCUACAGGGCGUCCUGAAAAAAAUGGUGCAUGUAAACCCCUCCAUUUUUGC